GUACACAGAGAGAGAACUGAUGCAAUUGAGGGCACCCUGUGGCACAGCACCAGUUGCCAGCACUUGGGGCAAGCUGGAGAAAAGCGUCCGGCGACUACGGGAGAAAUUCUAUGGUAAAGUGAGCAUUGUGCAUGCUGUGAAGUUGAUGCGAAAGUUCAGCAACAAUCAUGAUCUUGCCUGCAAGUUCAUCAUCCUCUGCAAAGAUGAAAUGAAUGAUUUGGACCAACAAGACGAACAGAAUCUCGGGGAUGAUCCUGCAGCUUUGAAUGUGAUGAAUAAACUGACAAAAGAAGAGGAGCAAAAGAAGCAGAAAUCAGAUAACAAAAACGAUGAAACCGUCAAGGUGGCCCGUUGCCACAAGUGUUGGAAGCGGUAUGACCCGGUUCCAUACAACAAAAUGUGGGGCACAGCAGAAUUCAAGUGUACCUCGUGUGGACGUACCUUUAGGGGAUCAGCUCAGAUCGGGACCCCUUCUCCUUGCUACAGUUGCCAUACCCCUGUGUUCCCGAGCUAUAUCAUCCCACCUCGCAAGACCCCAGGGCCACGAACCAAACAGCAGCAUUCGUGCUUUGCAGAAGAUUGCUUCAAUCGGAGAGAGCCCCACAUUCCAGGAACUCACUGUGUGCAUCCUAUAAGCCGCCGUAGGAGAGGCUUGCCCAAAGUGAUCCACCCCAGCGAAGAACAUGACAGCACCGGUUCCACAGUGGCCACCUGCGUGAGUCAAGGCAGCUUGGCCACCUACGACAUCGACUAUCUCAUCCUGGAGGAUCUGGAGGAACAGGAUGAAGAGGAAGAUGGUGGGAGCAGCAGUUAACUCCUGGAUGUGUGAAGUAGACUGCUCGUAGGAAGUGGAUGGCAAGUGACGGAAGGGUGGAGGUGGCCAAGGAGGAAGUCUUACUUUUAUAUUCCCCAAGGCUUCCAGCCGGCCAUUUCUAAUCAUGUACGCAAAUGGUAUUUCUUCUCGUCAGGGACCACUCACCAGUCAUUUUGAAGUUUCUGUCUGGCUUCUCAUGUUUACCUCUUUCUUUCAGUUUGGUCUGUUAUUGUCUUUUCUGCCCAGGAAAGCUAGAUAUCGCAAAACUACAUAUUUAAAAUUGUCAUGGUAGUCAUUACAUACGAUCAAACAAGG